AUGUGCCUAUUUUACAUGUCCAUCUAUGCAGCCAUCUACCUACCUGUUGAUUUAUUUUUUUAUUAUUAUGAACAAAAGCUAAAAGUGGGGUGCUGGUUACAGGUAAAGGAGGGACAAACUGAAGAUGUGGUGGAAGUUGAUGGCCACGACAAUCCAUUCUUGUGUUGUGGCAGUGAAGUGGUUGAUGGGUCUGCUCGAAUGCUUGUUACUGCAGUUGGGAAGAACAGAUGGACCCAGAAAAUUCAUUUACAAGGGGAAAUGAUAAAUCAGUCCCAACUACUAAUCUCAGUGAUUCGUAAAUUUGGUCAUGCAAUGGCUUUCGUGAUUCUGUUGGUUAAGUUGGCUCACUUGUUUUCCGGGAAAAUAAGCGAUGGCCAAGGAAAGAGGAUAAUUAUUGGAGGGGGAGAACCUAUCCCUAUCGUUGAUGUAUUGAAAGCUUUAGUUGGAAUUGUAGCUACUCCAGCCAUGGUUGCAGCAACCUCAGCUCCAGAAGGUCUGUUGUUGGCUGUCAAGAUUACUUUUGUUUAUUCAAUGAAGAGAAUGUUGAAUGAUGAUAACGUUGUAUUGAGGAGACCUUCACUCUGUGAUGCAAUUGGAUCGGUUACCACCAUAUGCACCAACAUGACUGGCAGUCUGAUCGACUACGACGAGGUGAAAGAGUUCUGCCUGGGUUUGAGGUCCGUUGAACAAAUUACUACCAAUUUGGCUGCGCCAGCUGUUAUUGAAUUGCUUCACCAAGGAAUCGGUCUAAAUGCAGGUUUGUUCCAAUCUCCCCAAAAUCCCAUCGAAAAAGUAAUUUCCGAUUGGGCCAGUCAAAAAACCGGAAUGAGCAUAGAAUCAUUGAACAGAAAUUGUACCAUUCUUGAAAUUAAACCCUUUAGCUCAAUGGAUAGACAAAGCGCGGUUUUGAUAAGAAAGAAUGGCGACAACAAGAUUCAUGCGCACCAUAAAGGGGCUCCUGAGGUGAUAAUACCCUCAUGCUCUCACUAUUAUGAAGCCGACGGAACUGUCAAACUCAUUAACCAAGAUGCACUGUUGUCGUUGGAUCAAAUACUUGAAGGCAUGUCAAAGAAUGGCCUCAGGUGCAUUGCUUUCGCUCAUAAAACAACAUCGACACGAGAUUGUUUUCCUGGUCGACAGUUGAUCUUAUUAGGCCUUGUUGGUCUAAAAAACUCGCUUAGAGAUGGAGUUGAAGAUGUUGUGAAAGAUUGCCAACGUGCUGGAGUGAACAUCAAGAUCAUCACAGGAAACAACAUUCAAACUGCCAGAGCUAUGGCCAUGAAAUGUGGUGUAGUUGGGGCGAAUGAACAACCUGGAGAAGUAGUACAAAGAUUGGAAUUUCGGCAGUACAUUCAAGAGGAGAGAAUGGAAAAAGUUGUCAACAUCUGUGUGAUGGCAGAAGCCAGCCCUCAAGAUAAAUUGCUUAUGGUGCAAUGCUUGAAACAGAAGGGCCAUGUUGUUGCAGUUAUUGGGUGUGGGAUUGGAGAUGUGCAGGCAUUGAGGGAAGCUGAUGUAGGACUAUGUCUUGGUACUAAAGGUGCCGAUAUAGCCUGGGCCUGCUCAGAUAUUGUCAUCCAGGAAAAAAAUCUGGCUUCUGUAAUAAGCAUUUUGAGUUGGGGAAGAGGCAUUUUUGAGGGUGUGCAGAUAUACACUCAGUUCCUGCUCAUUACCAGUUUUGUUGCUCUGGUGACCGACUUUGUGAUGGCAAUUUCAACAGGUGAAACCCCGAAUAUUGGUGCAGUGGCAUUGUUAUCAGCUGGUAAAGUCCCAUAUCCAGUUCUUCAAAUAAUGUGGGUGAAGCUGAUGAUGGAUACAUUGACUGCUCUGGCUGUGAUUAUGAAGCAGCCUGCUGAAGAGCUUAUGAAUCGACCACCUCGGGGAAGGAAUGGACCUCUAAUGACCAACAUCAUGCUGGGGAACAUAAUGGUUCAAGCUUUAUAUCAGAUAGCCAUCCUCCUAACCAUACAUUUGAAGGGAAAAUCAAUCUUCAAUGUCGAUCCGAAUGCAAACGGUACAUUUAUCCUCAAUACUUAUGUUCUCUGCCAGAUAUUCACCAUAUUCAAUGUUGAGAAGAAUGUAUUUCAGGAUAUAAGAAAGAAAAAACUGUUUUGGGGGAUCAUUGGGAUAAUCAUUAUUCUUCAAGUGCUGAUGGUGGAAGUUCUGGACAGGUUUGCAGACACUGCAAGGCUCGAUUGGGGUCGGUGGGGCACAAGUUUUGCACUUGCUGCUGUUUCUUGGCCAAUAAGUUGGAUUGUGACGUGCAUAUCUGAACUAGAAGCAGCCAUUUUUAGCAGUUCCAAUUGGCCAAAAUCCGAGUAUGGAGUCAAAUGA